UGAAGAAUUCUCAGUCUUCGUGAUAUAUUUGAUGUUAUCGGUUCGGUUCUAUUCGGUAGGAGUAAAGAAAACGCACAAUCAUCGAAGAAAAGUUUCCGGUAUAUUCGUUUAUAAAGAGUUGUUUUAAAGGAGUUGGCAAUCGUUUUUGUUUUUGUCUGAAUGUCUUAAACAAGGAUUAUUAAGGCAACAGAGAAAAAAUUUGAUUAAAAAUGUCUUCCGUGGGAGAAGAAACUUCUUCAGGGAAAUGUGAUGAAGAACCCACAGAACCAAUCAAACCAAUUAGUUUCUUUAGACUUUUUAGGUUUACAACGCCAUGUGAAAUAUUUUUACUUUUCCUUGGAUUUAUAACAUCAGGAAUUAAGGCCUUGACAUUACCAGCAGUUGUAAUUAUUUACAGUGAAUUUACAGCAAUGUUAGUUGAUCGAACCCUUGCUACUGGAACAAGUUCAACUACAUACUUUCUACCUCUUUUAGGAGGUGGUAAGACAUUGACAAAUGCCUCAAGAGAAGAGAACAAUAGAGAACUCUACAAUGAUUCGAUAUCUUAUGGACUGUUGCUGACUAUUACAUCGAUAGUAAUGUUGAUUUCCGGAAUUUAUUCGGUUGAUGUUUUUAACAUAAUUGCUCUGAAGCAAGUGACUCGAAUGCGAAUGAAACUAUUUCGAGCUAUCAUGAGACAGGACAUAAGUUGGCAUGAUACAACAACACAACAGAACUUUGCUCAAAAUAUGACUGAUGAUAUUGAAAAAAUUCGCGAUGGAAUUUCUGAAAAAGUCGCUCACUUUCUGUACCUGAUUAUUGGUUUCAUCAUAACCGUUGCUAUAUCGUUUGCUUAUGGCUGGAAGCUUACUUUAGCUGUGAGCGUUUACAUUCCAAUCGUAAUAGUUAUGAACUAUUUCGUUACAAAGUAUCAAAGUCGUUUAACAACUCUCGAGCAAGAUUCUUAUUCAAGUGCUGGUAACUUGGUGGAAGAAAUACUUGGUUCAAUCCGAACGGUUGUUUCAUUUGCUGGAGAAAAGAAAGAAUCCGCUCGAUAUGAUAACUUCCUAGUACCUGCUCGAAAAGCAAGUCAGAAAAAAGGAGCCUUCUCCGGUUUUAGUGAUGGAGUAUUAAAAGCCUUACUAUUUAUAUCAUGUUCAGGAGCUUUCUGGUAUGGAGUGAAUCUUAUUUUAGCCGAUCGUGAUAAGGAAGAUAAAGAAUACACUCCAGCAAUUCUUAUGAUUGCAUUUUUUGGUAUCAUUGUUGGAGCUGAUAAUAUUGCUAGAACAUCACCAUUCUUAGAAUCAUUUGCUACAGCAAGAGGUUGUGCAGCAAAAAUAUUCAGUAUCAUUGAUUCCAAAUCAAAUAUCGAUCCAAUGUCAACCGAUGGAAAAAUCCUCAAUUAUGGACUUCGAGGUGAAAUAGAGUUUAGGGAUGUUUUCUUCCGAUAUCCAUCUCGACAGGAUAUCAUUGUUCACAGAGGUUUGAACUUUAAAGUUAAAGAAGGUCAAACUAUUGCUCUUGUUGGUUCUUCCGGUUGUGGAAAAUCAACUUGUAUUCAACUGUUGCAAAGAUUCUAUGAUCCUGUCUUCGGGCAAGUGUUGCUGGAUGACUUGGAUAUAAAGAAAUAUAAUAUCAGCUGGUUGAGAUCAAAUAUUGCUUGUGUUGGACAGGAACCAGUGCUAUUUCAGGGAACUGUUAAAGAAAAUAUUAAGCACGGAAAGUCUUCAGCUUCACAGAAGGAAAUCGAAGCUGCUGCCAAGUCAGCUGGUGUUCAUGAUUUUAUUGUCAAUUUACCAGAAAGCUAUCAAACUGUUAUCGGAGAAAAAGGUGCUCAACUAUCAGGUGGUCAGAAACAGCGUAUUGCCAUUGCUCGGGCACUCAUUCAAAACCCUAAAAUUCUUCUUCUUGACGAAGCUACCUCAGCUUUGGACUAUCAAUCCGAAAGGCUUGUUCAGGAAGCUCUAGAUCUUGCUAGUAAAGGAAGAACUACAAUAGUCGUUUCUCAUCGAUUGUCAGCUAUUAAAUCAGCAGAUCGUAUAUUUUUCCUUGAUCAGGGAAAAGUUGUCGAAGAAGGAUCUCAUAAUGAUUUGAUGAAAAUUAAAGGAAUGUAUUAUCACAUGGUUCAUGCUGGUGAUCUACAAACUGUCGAUGCUAAUGAUCAAGAUGUUGAAGAGAAAAGAAAGUCCCUCGGAAUCUAUGAAAAGUCAUUCGAACUGAAUGCCAAUAAUUUGGAUAAGAAUCAAAAAGAUGUUGUCAAUUUCGAGACACCUGUUUUCGUUUCCCCAAAGACUGAUGAAGAUGAAAAAGAAGACAAGACUCAAUUUGUCAAGACAUUUAUCAGGAUUUUAAAGAUGUCCCGGCCUGAGUUUGGUUAUCUGAUAUUUGGUGUUAUUGCGGCUACAAUGUAUGGCUUCACAUAUCCUGCAUUUUCAAUUGCAUUUGGAGAAUUCUACGCAGCUUUGUCACAAAAUGAUGAAAAUGAAGCCCGAAGCAGAACAGCAGUACUAUCAAUAUGCUGUUUGGUGAUUGGUAUCGUUACUGGGAUCAUUUGUUUCCUCCAAACUUACCUUUUCAAUCUUGCUGGAGUCUGGCUUACAACACGAAUUAGGUCCCUGUCCUUUAAAUCAAUCAUGCAACAAGAAGUUGGAUGGUUUGAUGAGGAAAAGAACAGCGUAGGAGCUUUAUCAGCUCGUUUGGCUGGAGAUGCUGCUAACGUACAAGGAGCUAUUGGUUUUCCACUAAGUGGAUUGAUUCAGGCGUUUUCAAAUUUUAUUUGCAGUGGAACUAUUGCCUUUUACUAUUCCUGGAAGCUUGCUCUUCUGUGUAUAUCGACUUGCCCAUUUAUUGUUGGAUCAGUGAUUUAUGAAGCAAGUUCCAUGUCCGCUGCAAUGCUUCGUGAAAAACAGAUUCUCGAAGAAGCAAGUCGUAUUGCAACUGAAGCCAUUGUCAAUAUAAGAACUAUAGCUGGGUUGAGACGAGAAGGUGAACUUAUUGAAAGGUAUAACGAAGAAAUUAGAAAGGUCGAAGUACAAAUUAGGAAAAAACUUCGUUAUCGAGGAAUAAUCAAUUCUUCGGGACAAGCGUUUAUGUUUUUCGCCUAUGCUGUUGCAUUGUGUUAUGGUGGAGUUCUAGUAUCAGAAGGUUCAAUACCAUUCCAGGACAUUAUCAAAGUGUCUGAAACCCUUCUAUAUGGCUCUAUGAUGUUGGCUCAAUCACUCGCCUUUGCUCCAGCAUUCACAGCUGCUUUGAUUUCAGCUCAUCGAAUAUUCCAGGUUAUCGAUAGAAAACCGAAAAUUCAAUCUCUCACAAACAAAUGCAAGAAUAUGAACAAAUUGAAUCAUGUGGAGGGAGUUCAUUACCGAGAUAUUGAAUUCAGGUAUCCAACAAGAUCCGAAAUUCAGAUCUUAAAUGGUAUCAACUUGGAAGUUCUACAAGGCAAAACUGUGGCUCUUGUUGGUCAUUCAGGUUGUGGAAAGUCAACGUGUAUUCAGCUCCUUCAAAGAUAUUAUGAUCCCGAUAAUGGAAAUAUCCACAUUGACCAAGAUGACAUUAAGACUGACUUAUCAUUAGAAACACUUCGAUCAAAGUUAGGCUUAGUAUCUCAGGAACCAUCCCUGUUCGAACGAACAAUUGCAGAAAAUAUUGCUUAUGGAGACAAUUCCAGGGAUGUCUCAAUUGCGGAAAUAAUGGAAGCAGCAAAGAACGCAAAUGCCCAUUCUUUCAUCAUAUCACUGCCAAUGGGUUAUGAUACUCGAUUGGGUUCAAGAGGGACUCAAUUGUCUGGUGGACAGAAACAAAGAAUCGCAAUUGCUAGAGCUUUGGUUAGAAAUCCAAAGAUUUUAUUGCUAGAUGAGGCAACAUCAGCUUUAGACUUGCAAAGUGAAAAGGUUGUUCAACAAGCCCUUGAUAUGGCAUGUUCAGGACGAACUUGCAUUGUCAUUGCACAUAGGCUGUCUACAGUUCAAAAUGCAGAUGUCAUUUGUGUUUUACAAAAUGGACGAGUAGCUGAACAAGGCAACCAUCAUCAACUGAUUGCUCGAGAUGGACUCUAUGCUAGACUCCAUAAAACACAACCCAGUUUUGAAUAAAAAAAAAUGCAUAAAGGUCUAAGUUUUAUGACUUUCAAAUAAUCUGUCCAUUAAAUAGUUUAAGUAUUUGUUUUUGUAAUAAUUUAGAAAGAACGUCACGUUUAAGUUAAAAUAAAAAUUAUAUAUGAAAGUAAGAAA